UUUCAGAACCAUCCACUUCUCCACCUCCACUCUCUACAAGGGGCAGGGCACACUACACUAGCUAUCGAGCUAGAGCAAGUUUAGCCGUCUAGAUCGAGCACCGAAACGAGCUCGGGCUGCAACGGUCGGGGCCAGCGGGGCAGUUCGACGUCGAGAUGACCGUGAGCGUCACCCCGGCGCCGGCAAGGAAGGCCAGGAGUACGACCGCCGGCGCCGGCGGUGGUGGCCUCGAUGAGGCGUGGCUGCUGGUGCAGGCGCCGCCCAGGAAGCAGUCCCACGCGACGAGGGCGGCGGCGUGCUGCUUCGCCAUCGGCGUCAGGCCACGGGUCGUCCGCUUCUACUCCCUCCUGCUGCUGGCCCUCGUGCUGCUCCUCGUCCUCGCCGCGUCGGUCACCACCGACGACGGCGGCGCCGAGCCGCCGACCACCGUGCCGCGUUCCAGCCAGGGCACCGGCAUCGGCGGCGUGAGGGGCGUUCAUCAACAGGGCGCGGGCGGGUGCGACAUGUCGUCGGGCCGGUGGGUGUACGACGGCGCGGCGUACCCGGUAUACAGGGAGAGCGCGUGCAGGUUCAUGUCGGACCAGGCGGCGUGCGAGAAGUUCGGGAGGACGGAUCGCAGGUACCAGCGCUGGAGGUGGCAACCGCACGGCUGCGACCUGCCGAGGUUCGAUGCGGAGAGGCUUUUGCUGAAGCUGCGCGACAAGCGGCUGGCGUUCGUCGGCGACUCGCUGAACCGGAACCAGUGGGUGUCCAUGGUCUGCCUCAUCGACACCGCCACCCCGAAGCUGCACAAGUCAAUGACCAACAACGGGUCUCUCGUCUCCUUCAAGAUCCAUGAGUACAACGCUUCGGUGGAUUUCUACUGGUCGCCGCUGCUUGUGGAAUCCAACUCCGACCACCCGGUGCACCACCGGCUCCCCGACCGCGUCAUUCGCGCCGGAUCCAUCGCCAAGCACGCCCGGCGCUGGGGUGACGCCGACGUGCUCGUCUUCAACUCCUACCUCUGGUGGCGCCGCCCCGCCAUCAAAGUCAUGUGGCGUCGGUCGUUUGAAGCGGCGGCGGAGGGCGAUCACAGGGCGGCGUACGAGGUGACCGACGGCCUGCGCGCGUUCGAGCUGGCUAUGAGGACGUGGUCGGAGUGGCUCGAGCACCACGUCGACCGCGGCCGCACCAAGCUCUUCUUCACGAGCAUGUCGCCGACGCACCUCCACUCCGACGAGUGGGAGGCCAAGAGCGGCGGCGCCGGCGAGGGCGGCAACCACCAGUGCUACAAGGAGACGGAGCCGAUCCUUGCGGAUGGGCACCACGGGCGGGACACGGACCCGGCGUUUGCGCGCGCGGUGGAGGCGGAGGUGGCGCGGCUGGCGGAGCGCGGCGUGGCGGUGCGGGUGCUCAACGUGACGCAGCUGUCGGAGCACCGCAAGGACGCGCACCCGUCGGUGCACCGGCGGCAGUGGAGCCCGCCCACGGCGGCGGAGCUUGAGGCGCGGGCGCGCGACCCCGGCAGCGGCGCCGACUGCAUCCACUGGUGCCUCCCCGGAGUGCCCGACGUCUGGAACCACAUGCUCUACGCGCACAUCGUGGCCGAGCGAGCCCAAGUAGAUGGGUAAAUGUGCACCACGAAAUGUUUAACAAAAAUUGGUCCAGUGGGCCACACGAGUGUGCAGAUUAGCUGAGAUAUAUGGGCCUCGCCGUGGCGCAAAUCGCAAGCAGCACCACAGACAGAUCCUUGCCACACGGCCCACAGAUUGCCAGCUGAGAGAAAAGCCCACAGAAAUGCUGGCGUAUCAAUUGCUAUAUUUUACCCUCCUGUGAAGUUUGUAACUAGCAGAGUGUUACCUUGUAACAUCUCUUUAAUAAUUUUGUAAGGUAAAUUAGGCGUGGUCCCUCACCUUUAAUCUGGAAGCAAGUUCACAUCUCAACUUUCAGAUCGGCCAA